AAUCAUCUCUGCUCAUUUUUUUCACCAAACUCUUCCUCACACCGCUUUCUUCUCUGCUUCUAGACCUUCACGAGAAGCAGAAGCUCUUCCUUCUCCUUCCAUUUUCAUCUUUGAAUUCAUAAACCAUUUUCUUUGACAUAGAAAACUAGAAGGAAAAAAAAGAGGAAAAUCGACGAUGGCUUUUGAGAAGAUCAAGGUCGCCAACCCCAUCGUUGAGAUGGACGGAGAUGAAAUGACUCGGGUUUUCUGGAAAUCAAUCAAAGAUAAGCUUAUUUUCCCCUUCCUGGAGUUGGACAUAAAAUACUUUGACCUUGGCCUUCCCCAUCGCGAUGCCACUGAUGACAAAGUUACAGUUGAAAGUGCAGAGGCUACCCUUAAGUACAAUGUAGCAAUCAAGUGUGCAACAAUAACUCCAGAUGAAGCUCGUGUGAAGGAGUUUAACUUGAAGCAGAUGUGGAAGAGUCCAAAUGGGACAAUUAGGAAUAUUUUAAAUGGUACUGUUUUCAGAGAACCAAUUAUUUGCAAGAAUGUUCCCCGGCUUGUCCCAGGUUGGUCAAAGCCGAUUUGUAUUGGAAGGCAUGCAUUUGGUGACCAAUAUCGAGCAACUGAUACAGUUAUUAAAGGAGCUGGCAAACUCAAAUUGGUUUUCGUACCUGAAGGACAGGAUGAGAAGACAGAGUUGGAGGUUUUCAACUUUACUGGUGAUGGGGGGGUGGCAUUGUCCAUGUAUAACACUGAUGAGUCAAUCUGCGCUUUUGCUGAGGCAUCUAUGAACACUGCUUACCAGAAAAAAUGGCCACUUUAUCUUAGCACAAAAAAUACCAUCCUUAAGAAGUAUGAUGGAAGAUUCAAGGACAUUUUUCAGGAAGUCUAUGAGGCCAACUGGAAGUCAAAGUUUGAGGCUGCUGGAAUAUGGUAUGAACAUCGGCUCAUUGAUGAUAUGGUGGCUUAUGCUCUCAAGAGUGAAGGUGGUUACGUAUGGGCAUGCAAGAACUAUGAUGGAGAUGUGCAGAGUGAUUUCUUAGCUCAAGGUUUUGGAUCACUUGGAUUGAUGACAUCUGUACUGGUGUGCCCAGAUGGAAAAACUAUUGAAGCAGAGGCAGCCCAUGGUACCGUAACUCGACAUUACAGGGUUUAUCAGAAAGGUGGUGAAACCAGCACAAACAGCAUAGCUUCUAUCUUUGCUUGGUCACGAGGUCUUGCACACAGGGCUAAGUUGGAUGACAAUGAAAGACUCUUGGAUUUCACCCAGAAGCUUGAGGCAGCAUGUAUUGGAGCAGUGGAGUCUGGCAAGAUGACCAAGGAUCUUGCAUUGCUUAUUCAUGGACCUAAGGUUACUCGGGACCAGUAUCUCAAUACUGAAGAAUUCAUUGAUGCUGUGGCAGCAGAACUGAAAGCAAAACUUGGCAUCACCGAAUAAUUGUAUGUGGAUAUUCUCCAGUAUCUCCUAGCGCUGGAAUGAUAUCUAAUGUUGCAAUUUCUGCAUUUAUCUUGGGCUGGCCAAUGAUAUUUUCCCCAACUCAUGUUCUUCCUUUGCAAAAUAAUCUCAUCUACAAUAUUUAACGGAUAAUUUAUCUUGGCAUUGUACUUGCAGAACUGGCUAAAAUUGCCAAAUUGCUACCCACUAGGGAAUAUUCUGGAUGGACGCCUAGCCCAUUGGAUUGUUUUUAAAUACGAGGAAACCCUUGAAUUGCUGGCUGUUAUCUGGCUAUCAAUGCGUUACUUGAUAAAUAAAUGUGGUAGGAAGAAAGAUGUAGUUUGCUGGAGAUGUGUUCUAGGAGCUUUUCAUGUUUAUGUUGGCUUGUCUAUAUUCUUGAAUGGAUCUUUGUUUCUGGAUGUCUUAGUUCUGAUCGGUACGUUGUAAACCCAAUUGUUAGGUACUCGAAAUUGAUCAAGUGCUGAUCAAGUUGAAGAUUAUUUUGGUUACGGGCCUUGGUAGGCAUCCUUAAGUAGGAAAACUUCGUUAUUCGGAGGCAAUAAAGGGGAGGAUGCCUCCCCUGUUUGAUUUUAUUCAUUGUUAUUUUCAAUGUAAUUUUUCAGUUGGACACUGUUAACUAUAAAGAUGGUAUUUUC